AUGCGGGAGGAGAUGGCGCAGCGGGAGGAGGCCGAGCUGCACCGGAGCCACCAGAAGCCGCGUAGCCCCAAGGGCUGGGGGUUGCUGCUGGCCCUCUGGUACCUGGCCUUCUACAAGCCCAUCAUCACCGAGAGCCACCUGAGGAGGAAGAACAUUGAGUUCAUCUUCAUCCGCUUCAGCGCCUGGCAGUACGCCGGCUGCGACAAGCUCUGGGCCGGUUUGGUCACCACCCUCUGCGACAGCAUCCGCCACCAUUUUGGGGCUCUGCCCCUCAGCGUCUACCACGUCAUGGGCACCCGGCCCCGCUUCGCCUCCGGCUUCAGCCAGAAGGAGUGGGUCCUCAAGAAGGACGCCUGCCUCAAGCUUUGGGGGAUGCUCUUUGUCCUGGGCGCCGGCCUCAGCAUCCUGCUGGUGGCCCUCUUGAUGCCCGGCAUCAAGGACCACCACACCUUGAAGGUGGUGGGCAGCGCCAUCACCUCGAUCUCCGGUUCCAGUUUGGCGCUGGGAGCUUUCUCCGUCCUGAAGAACCUGUUGGUCAGCGAGAAGCAGAAGAUCGAGCGGUUGACCAACAGCAGGAGGUUCGCCAGCCAGCUGGGCUUCAUGAACAAGGUGCGCAGCGAGGUGGAGGUGCUGGUCGACUUCUUGUCCUUCAUGGAGAUCUUUGAGCGCCGACGGCUCCGCGUGGUGCUGGAGAUCACCAGCCUGGACAUCUGCUACCCCGAGAAGGUGGCCGGCGUCCUCAACGCCAUGAACACCUUGCUCUCCAAUGCCAACACCCCCUUCAUCUUCAUCCUGGCCGUGGACCCCAGCAUCAUCAUCCCCUGCCUGGAGCAGACGGGCUGCAUGAAGGGUCUUGCUGACAACGGUUACCUCUACCUCAACCGGACGGUGACGUUGCCCUUCUCCAUCCCCGAGAUGGGCUCCCGCUCCCGCUUGCGAUGCCUGGAAGCCGCCAUCCAGACACGGGAGGACCUCAUGUACCGCAUCAUCACCAGCAACGUGGAACGACGCCGAGCCAAGUGCCAGGGCGCCCCGGCAGUUCCCAGCUGGCGGGAGGCGGACGCCGAAGCCGUCCGCUGCAUCCACGAAGCUUUCCACUGCCUCCACGACGGCGCCGACCCUCUCACCCGUUACCUCCCCACCAAUGGCACCCACGUCCGCCGCAUCGUCAACACCAUCCCCAUCACCCUACGGCUCCUCCUGCACCGCGCCGGCACCCCCGGCACCCCCUCGCCCCGCGCUGCCGCCGCUUGGGUGGUGCUGGCCGACCAGUGGCCGUGCCGGCUGAGCUGGGCACUGCAGUGCCUGGAAGAUGCUUGGCAGAGCCAGCCGGCGCCGGAUUUUGGCUCACGGUCCCUGUGGAGCAUCUUCCAGGAGAACGUGGGGGAGCUGAGCGCCCUGCGGCAGCCCCUGCACAACGUCCUCAGCCUGGACGGGGACCCGGAGCUCUUCCAGACCUUCCUCGCCCGCGACUUCCCCUUCACCGCCCGCGAGGCCCACGCCUUCCUCGGCGUCACCGUCAACCUGGACCACUCCAUCCGGCACAAGAUGGGGCUCCCCCGCGGCCUCGCCUGCCUGCAGAAAGCCGCCGCCACCCCGGUGUCCCGCAGCGUCCAGUGUCCCCACCCCGAGUGA